GGAGCGUAGCUGCGCUGAAGCCGAGCCCCUCUAUGCCUCAGCACGCAGAGUGGAGCAGACGGCAACAGCCACACAAACACACUCCACACACCACCACCACCUCCGCCGCCACCACCACCACACACACACAGUGACGGCUGCCAGGCGCAGUGGGAAGCAAGCCGUCAGGGAGAGAGCUUGAGAAGAAAGAGAGGGAUCGCAGAGGGGAAGAGAAGAAAAGAGUUGGAGGAGGCACCUUGUGGAUCAGAGGGGAUUUUCCUCUGUGUGAGAGCGCGUCUGGAUAGGACUAUCUGCUUCUUCCUGAGCGAGAGGAGUUUUUACCGAGGCUUUUUCUUUUUCGCUCAUCCUCCGCGCCGGGCUCCUGCGAUAUCUACCUAUCUAUCCCCGGAGCUUAACAAAAGAGGGAGGGAGUGAGAGAGAGUGAGAAGAAAGGCAGUCACAGCUUCAGCUCCAGACCACCCUCUCUACUCCUCCUCCUCGUCCUCCUCCUCCUCUCCUCCUCUCUCUAGCUCCACAUCCAUGUGUGAGUUCAUCGCUGAUUUCACUGUCUUUUGAGGAUAGAGCAGAGGACAGCGUGUGUCCUCCAGGAUACAGCCGAGCUCCCGGUGGGAUCAGGGUCUCGCCUGGUGUGAGAGAGAGAGAGAGAGGGAGCAAGAACGAAACAGGGAAACGGAUACACAGGAAGAGAAAAAGAGACGGAGAGAGACAAGAGUAAGAGACGCCGGAAAGCAAAUUGAGGGGCAUGUUCAGGGCAGCAGAGAAGAAGAGUGGGUCUGAUUUUUAGAGCGGAGAGUGCAAGGAACCGGCAACCGGAUCCCAUCCAUUCCUCCCUUCUCCUCCUCCUUCUCCUCCUCCUCAUCCUCAUCCUCUUCUUCCCUUUUCCUCUUACCCUCUCUCCGUCCUGCUCUUCAAUUCCCUCUAUUGUUUCCUGUGUUGCCUCCUACUAUCCUUUCAUAUUUUCCUUUCCUUUCCUCACCCCCUUCUACCCCUCAGCCCCCCCUUUUUUGCUGUCAGUCCGGAUUCUCUCCAUCUCUCUUUGCAGACCUGUCUCUCUCUUUGUGAGGUUCCCUGUGAGCUCCCAGACAAGUAGACAGACUAAAAUCCCAAGUACUAUCUGUCCUCCUAUCCCUCCCUUCCUCUGCGCGUUCAUCACACACACACACACACCUCAGUAAGAGGAGAACGUUCUCUGUCUGCAUCCUCCACUCUUGGAAACAGUCGUCUGAAGGAUCCAGGCCAGCCUCUCAGAGUGAUCGUACGCCACCUUCGAGCUCCUAUCUCCAGCCUCCAGGACCUUCAAUUGGAUUCCAGCUACAUGGGAAAACGUUUGGAGCAGCAGCCAAUGUACCCCCACUACACCUACUAUUACCCCCACUAUCUCCAGACCAAGCAGUCCUAUGCUCCUCCCCCUCCGCCAAUGGCUCCGCCCAGUCCAGGCACCACAGGAGGAGGAGGUGGAGGUGGAGGAGGAGGUCAUGGAGGAGGGCUAGUGGAGCAGCUAAGUAAGACCAACCUGUACAUCAGAGGUCUGCCACCUGCCACCACUGACCAGGACCUCAUCAAACUCUGCCAGCCAUAUGGGAAGAUUGUGUCAACAAAGGCCAUCCUAGACAAGAACACCAAUCAAUGCAAAGGCUAUGGCUUCGUGGACUUUGACAGCCCUGCAGCAGCUCAGAAGGCUGUGGCCUCGCUCAAAGCCAGUGGAGUCCAGGCACAGAUGGCAAAGCAACAGGAGCAGGACCCCACCAACCUCUACAUCUCGAACCUCCCGCUGUCCAUGGAUGAGCAGGAGCUGGAGAACAUGCUGAAGCCCUUCGGUCACGUCAUUUCUACGCGGAUACUGAGGGAUGCCAAUGGCCUGAGCAGAGGAGUCGGCUUUGCUAGGAUGGAGUCGACAGAGAAGUGCGACGUGGUGAUUCAAAAUUUCAACGGGAAAUUCUUGAAAACCCCUCCAGGCAUGACAGCCCCUGCAGAGCCAUUGCUGUGCAAGUUUGCUGACGGAGGCCAGAAGAAGAGGCAGACCCAAGUCAAGUAUCCCCAGAAUGGCCGACCGUGGACACGGGAAGGAGAGAGUGGUAUGGCGUUGACGUAUGAUCCCACCGCGAUGCAGAAUGGGUUCUACUCUUCACCAUACAGCAUCUCCACCAAUCGGAUGAUUGCACAGACGUCAAUCACGCCCUUCAUCGCUGCCUCUCCUGUCUCUACAUAUCAGGUCCAGAGUACAUCUUGGAUGCCACAUCAACAGUAUGUUAUGCAACCUACAGGUGCUGUGAUCACCCCAGCGACGGCCAUCGAGCCCAGUUUGUCUCUUCACCCCUCCGGUGUAAUGGCUCCUCUCACCCAGCAGAUGAACCACCUGUCUCUGGGCACCACAGGCACCUACAUGCCUGCUGCAGCGGCUGCUCCUAUGCAAGGAACCUACAUUCCCCAGUACACUGCAGUGCCUGCCUCUGCCAUCACAGUGGAAGGCGUGGUGACAGACCCAUCUCCACAGACAGCCGCCCCCUCUUCCCAGGACGCCAGUGGGCAGCAGCCUUUAUCAGUGGAGAAUACAGGAGAUCAUGCCACAGCCUACUCUUACCAGCAGUCUAAAUAACAAGAUUGGUAGGAAUCAUUGCUGCAUUGCCUUUAGAAGGACUGCACUGAGGCGCUGGAGACACGGAGGGAAUCAAAAUGAAACAAGGACAAAAAAAGAGGUGACAUGGGCAACACUGAGGGGAGAAUGCUUCCACUGUGCACAGGCACCAAAUAAAAGACAAAAUGAAAAAAAAAAAUCAAUUAUAUUUCUUACCUGGUUGAACCAACAAAAAGACAGAGGAGAAAAAAAAAAAGAAACGCUGGUUUGCUGAACUUGAGGACAAUGAAUUCAAACGCAGUCUGCAACUUUGAGUUUAUCAUUUCUCACUGUGAGACUGGACUUUGCCUCCGAAGGAAAAAGAGAAGACAUCGACUGAAAUCUAAACUCAACCAACAAGCUGUACAGAAAAAAAAGAACAUUUGAAUGUGCAGGUAGAUUUUCAGACUUUUUUUAUUAAAAAAAAGGAAGGAAGCAAAGUCUAGAGAAAAAAAACAGGUUGUCUUCCUUUGAUAUUAAGCUACAUUAUUUUCAUUCUUUUUAUUAUUUGAGUAGUUUUCUAGAAUAUCAAUGUUUUCGUAAAUCUUUAUUGCCUUAAUUUUCUCAAACUUUGGGAAAAAAAGUUUCCAUAGUGUUGAAUUAUUAAAAAAAAAAGAGUGGUUGAAUGAUUUGAGAGCUUCUUGGAAAGUUCUGUGAUGAAAUCUACAAAGCUAUUUGUACAGGAUUUAAGAAAAAAAAUAAGGUUGUAAUUGUAUGAAGAUGAUUUUAAAUUAUGUGGUGCAGUGCAGCUGAUGUUGGAUGGUAAGAAAAAAAAAACUUCUUUAAUGCGGGAAGGGUCAAUCCACUGCUUCCUGGAAAAUGCAGUUAAGUUUAACCAUGGGAUAAAAAGUUAUGUUUCUUCAUCACAUUUGUAUUUUUUGUUUGUUUGUUUUUCUAUUGCAGUCGUUUUACCUUCAAAAGGUUUUUGCUUUGCCUGCUUUGCUUGUCUCACUGCAAAAAAAAGAAAAGUAAAAAAAAAAGGAACAUUUCUGACUUUGAGAAAAGCAGAAAAAAAAAAACGCUAGGAUUUUUAAAUGUGCAAAAAGCAAUAGUUUUAGUAAAACUGUUGACAG